AUGGACGUCGAUGAAAUGCUCGACGAUGCGCUCAAAAAGUCCGAGACUUCGGUGGAAAAGGAGAAUGGAGUUGACGAUAAGGUGAAACAGGAGGAACGGAGCCGCUCGCGAUCCAAGUCAAAAGAAAAAGAAAAAGAAAAAGAAAAGGAGAAGGAGAAGAAGAGAAAGCGUAGCACGAGCCGUGAUCGAGAUCGGAAAAAGAGAUCACGGUCAAGGUCUCGCAAGCGUUCCCGUUCUCGAGACCGUAAAAAGAGCCGUUCACGGGACAGGAAGAAGCGAAGCCGCUCAAGGAGCCGUAAACGCUCUCGUUCUCGCGAUAGAAAACGAUCACGCAGCCGUGAUCGUCGCCGUAGUCGUUCACGUGGUAGGCGAGGAUCUCCAAAACGCCGUAGUCGCUCCCCAAUGAGGCCCCGCAUAAUUGACCAUCGACGCAGUUCGCCACUCCGACGAAGUCCUCCUCGACGACUGCCAGGGCCAGAGCGUCGAGACGUGAUGCCGUUUGAGCCGAGACACAGCCCUCCUCCAAAUGUUGAUCGUAAUAUUUCCGCCGAAGAAAGGGAUCAUCGUACCGUUUUUAUUCUACAGAUUGCAAGAACGACUCGCCCAAGAGAUCUUGAAGAAUUCUUCUCAUCGGUUGGGCAUGUUCGUGAUGUCAGAAUUAUUACUGACAGUCGUACAGGGCGUAGUAAGGGAAUCGGGUAUGUCGAAUUUUGGGAAGAAGAGGCUGUACCACUGGCUCUGGCAUUAAACGGGCAAAAACUCAUUGGUGCCCCACUUGUUAUUCAACGAACUUGUGCCGAACGGAAUCGAGCAGCAGCCGCUUCAGCUACUGUCGGAGGUGCGCUUGGUUUCGGAGUGAACUCAAAGGGCCCAAUGAAGCUCAAUGUCUCUCAAUUACAUCCACAUAUUGAUGAAAGUAUGCUGUCCGGAAUCUUCGAUCCAUUUGGGCGUAUUGACAGUCUCGAGAUCGUUCGUGAUGCCUCUGGAAAUAGUACUGGAAUUGCAAACGUUACGUUCAAAUAUGCUGAAGAUGCGACAAAGGCGGUCGAACAGUUAAAUGGUUUCGAAGUGGCUGGAAAAGCUAUGAAGGUGCUGGUCUCUGAAUCGACUGAUGACGACCGUUUGGAAAAAAUUUUGAACAGCGAAGGAGUGGAGGGUGUGUCUCUCGGGAAAGCAGGCCGUUUCCACGUUAUGCAACAUCUAGCUAAAGAAAAGGGAAUCGAUCUGCCUGGUUCUGGACCAACAGCUCCACCAGAACAACGAAGUUCCGAUAUUCCAUCUAUUGCCACUCAAUGCUUUAUGCUCUCGAAUAUGUUUGAUCCAGCAAAGGAAACUGAGCCUGGAUGGCAAAACGAUGUGCGCGAAGAUGUUAUUGAGGAGUGUUUCCGAUGGGGCGGUGCAACACAUGCCUAUGUGGAUUCUGGAUCUGCAGAAGGAAACGUUUAUGUCAAGUGCAACUCGGUGGCCAUUGCUCACAAAUGUGUUGUCGCUCUUCAUGGUCGUUUUUUCUCUGGAAAGGUUAUCACUGCAAACUAUGUGCCCGUCCAGUCAUAUCACGACUUAUUCCCAGAUAGCAUGCGCCCAGCAGGAAUUCUGAUGCCGAAUGGAAACUAU